AUGAAAACAGCAGGGGAUCAGCUUGUCACCUUGAUGUUAUACUUUUAUAUGGGUUCUGUUACUGAAGCAAUGGAAGAAGAGAUUGAGUGCGGUGGUACGGAGCAAGUCACUUGUACUUUGGAGUAUAUACCACACUGUGGUUCUGAUGGUGAAACCUAUGGCAACCAGUGCUUGUUCUGCAAUGCAGUUGUAAGGAGUCGUGGAGCACUUAUGCUAAAGCACCGUGGAGCAUGUAAGGAAUUCAAGGAUGCAUAACCAUUAAGCUAAAAAAUCAACUACCAUUCCAAAUCUCUUGGUCUCUU